ACCCCGCCCGGGAGGAGGGCCGCGUGCCGCGUCUGCGGGAAGGACGGAGCGGGCCGCAGAGGGGCGGUGAGCGGGGGACGCCGAGCGCAGCCUGCUGAGCGGCCGGUGGCCGCCCUGCCGACGGGCCGACCGGGCCUGGCGCCGAGGGGACUCUGCCGCGGAGACCGGAGAGCGAGGCGCCCGCCGGAGAAACACCCGUGCAAGAUGCUGACACCGCUGACCUGGGCGGGGCGAGCGCUGUUCGUCCUCCUCGCCGUUGCCGCGGAGUCUCUAGGCGAGCUCCUGGACCCCUGCGGCUACAUCGACCCCGAGGCUCCCCUGGUGCCACUCGGCUCCAACCUCACCGCCGUGUGCGUGCUGACGGAGAAGUGCAUGCGGAACUUCCACGUCAGCGCCGACGACAUCUUCUGGAAAACAAACCACGUCACGGUCCCUCGAGAACAGUACACCGUCGUAAACAGGACGGCGUCCAGCGUCACCCUCACCAACGUGUCUCUGUUAAACGUCCAGCUCACCUGCAACAUUCGCACGUUCGGGCAGAUCGACCAGAACGUGUACGGGGUCCGCGUGACGGCCGGCCUGCCUCCAGGAAAACCCGAAAACCUGAGCUGCAUCGUGCAGGAAGGGAAGAGGAUGACCUGCCAGUGGGACACCGGCAGGGAGACGCACCUGGAGACGAACUUCACCUUGAAGUCAGAAUGGGCGACAGACAAGUUCUCCGACUGCAGGGCGAAGCGGGAGGCGCCCACCUCCUGCACUGUGGACCACUUCCCCGUGUACUUCGUGAACCUGGAGGUCUGGGUGGAGGCAGAGAACGCCCUGGGGAAGGCUGUGUCCACGCACCUCAACUUCGACCCCGUGGAUAAAGUGAAGCCCAACCCCCCACGCAACCUGUCGGUCAGCAACUCGGAGGAGCUGUCCAGCAUCCUGAAGCUGACGUGGACCAACCCGGGCAUCACGAGCUUCAUGCCGCUGAAGUACGACAUCCAGUACCGGCCCCGCGGCGCCUCGGCCUGGAACCAGAUCCCUCCCGAAGACACGGCGUCCACCCGGUCCUCCUUCACGGUGCAGGACCUGCAGCCGUUCACGGAGCACGUGUUCAGGAUCCGCUGCAUGAAGGGGGACGGCAGGGGCUACUGGAGUGCCUGGAGCGAGGAGGCCAGCGGGACCACCUACGAGGACCGGCCGUCCAAGGCACCCAGUUUCUGGUACAAGACGGAGCAGCCCCUUGACCACGGCUCCAGACUCGUGCGACUCGUGUGGAAGACUCUGCCUCCUUUCGAAGCCAACGGAAGGAUCUUGGACUAUGAAGUGACUCUCGCAAGAGGAAAGGCCCCCGCGCAGAAGUACGUGGUUAACGGCACGAGGCUGACAGUGAACCUCACCAGUGACCGCUACAGAGCCACACUGACCGCCAGGAACUGGGUGGGCCGGUCGGACAUGUCAGUGCUCACCAUCCCUGCCUGCGACUUCCGAGCCACUCGCCCCGUGAGGGCCCUGAGAGCGUUUCCCAAGGACGGCAGGCUCUGGGUCCAGUGGACGGCCCCCGGCGAGCCCGUCUCCAAGUACAUCCUCGAGUGGUGCGUGUUGUCGGACCGGUCGCCCUGCGUGCCCGACUGGCAGCAAGAAGAGGGCGCCGUGCACCUGACCUCCCUGACAGGGAACCUGGAGGAGAGCAAGUGCUACCUGAUCAUGGUCACUCCCGUGUACGCAGACGGGCCCGGGCUCCCCGAGUCCACGCGGGCGUACCUCAAACAAGCCCCACCUUCCAAGGGGCCCACUGUCCGGACAAAGAAAGUGGGGAAGAACGAAGCCGUCUUAGAGUGGGACCGGCUUCCUGUGGACGUUCAGAACGGGUUCAUCAGGAAUUACACCAUCUUCUACAAAACCAACACGGGGAACGAGACCGCCGUGCACGUGGACCCCUCGCACACGGACUACACGCUGUCCUCGUUGACCAGCGACACUCUGUACAUGGUGCGCAUGGCCGCGUACACGGACGAGGGCGGCAAGGACGGGCCCGAGUUCACCUUCACCACACCCAAGUUCGCUGAAGGGGAGAUCGAAGCCAUCGUCGUGCCCGCCUGCCUGGCCUUCCUGCUGGUGACGCUCCUGGGAGUCCUGUUCUGUUUCAACAAGCGGGACCUGAUUAAAAAGCACAUCUGGCCGAACGUCCCCGACCCCUCGAAGAGCCACAUUGCCCAGUGGUCCCCCCACACGCCGCCGAGGCACAACUUCAGCUCCAAAGAGCAGAUGUGCUCAGACAGCAGCGUCACCGACGUGAGCAUCGUUGAGAUCGAGGCCAACGACAGGAAGCCUCUGCCGGAGGACCUGAAGUCCCUGGACCUGUUCCGGAAGGACAAGGCCAGCGCGGAGGGGCACAGCAGCGGCAUCGGGGGCUCCUCCUGCCUGUCGUCCUCCAGGCCGAGCAUCUGCAGCAGCGAGGACAGCGAGUCGGCGCGCAGCACCGCCAGCGCCGUGCAGUACUCCACCGUGGUGCACGGCGGCUACCGGCACCAGGCGCCGCCUGCGCAGGCCUUCUCGCGCUCCGAGUCCACGCAGCCGCUGCUGGACUCCGAGGAGCGGCCGGAGGAGCUGCCGCCGGCCGACGCCGUGGACGGACAGCUGCCCUUCCAGCAGAGCUGCGGCCCUCAGCUCACGGGGUGCGGGCGGGGGUCCCCCGUCCGCGAGGAGGACUUCGUCCCGGACCCUGCCUCUCAGCCCCCCGCCUGCAGGCUGGGGAAGGCGUUUCCGGAGGUGCUGGCAGCAGGGGCUCUGGGUCCAGGCCCCGAGGGGCCCAUCGGGGGACUGGAAGCGGUGGGGAUGGAGACCGCGCUCGACGAAGGGGUGCCGAAGAGCUACUUGCCGCAGACGGUGAGGCGCGGCGGCUACAUGCCCCAGUGAGAGCCGGGGCUGCUCGGCCCCAAGCUGGGAGCUUGCUUCCGGGUCUGGGAAGCAGCGGUCGGCAUGCACUGGCAGGAGCCUUUGCCCUGGAGGACGGGGACGGCCCGGCCUCCCCUCGCGGUCCCCUCCCGGAGAGCCGGACCCGGCGUCACACACUACAGAGACUAGUCCCCUGGACAGUGGAGGGGCUGGGGCCACAUCGAGGUGUCUGCGCCGAAGCAGAUCUCGGGACCUGAGAGAGUUCUUUACGUGGGUGCCAGGGAAGCAGGCGUCUCGGUGCUGAGCAGUGACACACGACUGCACGCGCAGGCCACAGACCGAGUGUCGCAGGGGGAGGGCGAGGACGAGUGGGCAGGGGCCGACCCUCUGCAGCCAAGGACGGGACCUCUCGGCCGUGAGGUGGCCUGGCCGCGUGGGCUCAGCUCCUGGAGCAAAGGGGGCCUGGUGUUGGAACUGGGCCGAUCGCAGAUGUUAACUUCGAAUACGGUGUCAAUAAUCUAAACUUUCAGAAAAUUGCUUUCACCUUUAACAGCCUCUUUGAAGCUGCAUCUCACAGGUUCAUCCCACAAACCGCCUGGAGCACUUACCAAGUCCCUGCCACGUACUAAGGCCUAAAACAUUUUUCUGUAUAAACACUGCUGACCCUUCCUGUUAAGGUUUCAGUUUGACUGAUGAAGCACUUUAUACAAUGUCGUCAACUUCAGAUGUAUUUCAACUUAAUACACUUUGUUUUUAUUUUUCAGUAGGCCAGGAUCGAAAUUCUCUUUUUUCCUAGUGGGUGUUUAAAGCAAAUUGAGUUCAAGUGCUGGGGCCACCACGCUCACCAAGACAGACCCACCCCCAGAACGGACACGCUGACCUUGGGACCUGAAUGUCACGGUUACGACCUGAGUGUCUGCCGGGCCUCAGGCGGGUGGAUGUGCCGUCGGUGUGGGGAGCCAGGACGGCCGGAACCCUCCGCCCGCAUCCUCGGCAGAGGAGACUCUUUGUUGUUCUGCCGUUGGGGUUGCAGGGGUGCGGCCCCUCUGAGACAGUUUGUGCAGGUCAUGGAGGGGAAGAGGCGGAGGACAGCUGGCGGGCCGUCACGGCCGGCGCAGAGCCCAUGUGGCCUCUCGGAGCUGCCGCCGUCAGACCUCCGCCGUCUGCAGCCUUGGCUGUCCCUCCGGAGGUCUCCCACGGGUGGGCUCUUCGGCGAGGCGGGGCGGAGGUUCCCUUCGUUCUGACCUCGGAGAGGGUGGACUGGCCAUGGGCGCGGAGGCCGGGUCACGGCAGGACAGGGUUUGCCUUGUGAGCGGUCCUCCCGGAGAUUUGCGGCAGUCAGUUCCCAUUUCCCCAAGGUCGGUAGUGGCGGAGUUGGAGUCCUGUCUCCUGUGACCCUCCUCACGAGAACAGCGUGCUGGAGGGUGGGCCGUUGCAGUGGGAGCUCUCCGUGCGGGGCGGCUGUGGAGUGUGGCCCUGGUGGGGGUGCGACGCGGGGGGGGUCACCGGGGACCGGAGGCCGUCGAGGCAGACUCCACCGCUGAAGUUGAAGCCGGUGCAUCCCGCUCCCAGCUGCCGUGCGGAGUCCAGCAGGAAGUGGACGCUGCGUGCAGCAGACACGGUGCCCCCGAGAGGGAGUGGACGGAAGUGCUGAGAGUGCACGGUGACUCUGCUGUGGCACGUCUGGCACCGUCCGGUUUGGUGUGUGUCAGCAGUGUUUGGGGUGGGCAGAGAGCCCGGUUUGCGUGACAUUCAGUCCGUGCACAGGAAGCUCGGGGGGUUUGCCGCUGUUCAGUCUUCGGUGCCCAGAACUGAGUUCGAGGUAAGGCUGGUGCCUCAACAAGCGCUCUGUGGACAGAACUGGUCCCCGCUGCGCACGCAGCGGCCCCUGGGAGAACUGGCACGGGGGCCGGCUCGUGGUUCCUGUGGUGUGGCUGUCACCUCCCAUGUCCUUGGCGUCCCCCUCCCCCCGCUUCCAGGCCUGGUCUGAAUCACGGUUGGGAAACUCACUUCCAACCCGUUACCGCCUGAAGCACUUAAAGGAGCCCUUCCUAAGACACGGCCCGGCCCACCCAGGAGCACAGCCGGGCGCGAGCAGAGCGGGCAGCCGGCCGCUCCAUGUCCUGUGCUCCUGGAUGAGUCCGCCUGACAGCACCGGUGACCCCAGCUCCUCGUGAAGGUAAAGGGCAGUGAAGUUCAGCCGAACUUUUAUAGCAAGGGUCUGUCUGCAAAGGCCGUACUUAAAGUGGACCGUGUGAGGUAGCUCUAUAAACGGGAGUCAGGCAGGUUUGGAAAGGUGUCUCUUCCCCCCCUACAGGUAACCAGUUAAAAGUCCCUGGCACACAGGUAGACUAGUUGCACACUAGAAUCCCCAGAAAGUGUCCGUUGUCCGGCGUGAGUUGCCCGGUCGUCAGUCAAGCAAGCGUACCUUAACGCUCUCCAUUGCUGAGAAACGCUCCGUCUCCCGAGCCUUCGGCGAGUUGCACCGUUUUGCCGGUCGGAGGUCGUCUUACCUGGAUGUUGAGGAAGCCCAACUCUCUGGGGGCAGGGGGGGGGCAGGGAAGCUACACACGGUGGAACACGGCUGUCGGCCCGCAUCCCCCUCCUCCUCUGUCCGGGGGUCAGGAUGGACCCCUGAACGCACACGCAGUCUGGACAGUGGUGGGUUGACUAACACGGCAAAGGAGAAACUGCCUAAAACGUGCAGUUGAGCUGGUGAAAGUCAUUGGGUGUUUGUUGUAGGUCGUGGUAGAUUCUGCCCCCCGGGUAAGAUUAGUUUUAGGAGAUUUUUGCACUUUUCUCUGAAUCAAGAAUGUGAAACCAUAAAACGGCCAGGUAUUCAGCUCAGCCUGGCAGCGGCUGUCGCUGCGGGUUUGAGAGACGGUGGCCACGGGCAGACCCCCAGCCCGGCCGUCUCUGGGUGGUCCUGGACCGCAGUUCCAUCUGUCUCUGUAAGCAGAGCCCAGGUGUGGGUCAGAGCCCGUCGGCCAGUGCGGAGCCUGCUGGGUCUGCGCCCUUCCCUGUGCCCUCGGCUGCGCUGGGCGGGCCCCGUGUCCCUGGCUGUGAGGGCCCGUGGUCGUCAGCGUGUGCCCCCGUGGGCGUCCUCGUGACCCAGGUGUCCUCCAGAGUUGAUGGGUCACGAUGAAAAUGUGCCUCGGCCGGCCGUGCCAGGGUGUCCCGGGCCUCCGCCCCUCCCACUCGAGCUCUGUCUAGACGGCAGCCGCACGGCCCCGGUGCUGCUGCAGGUGGCCCCGUGGGGAAGGGCCACAGACUGGUGCUUUCAGAGGCCAGCGUUCGCCAGCGCCCAGCUCGCUGCGUUUGCACGUGGGCAGUGGGGACCUGAGUGCACUUGGCUCCUGCUGCAGCAGCUCCACCUCCUGGCUCCGCCCCCCCCCCCCCACUUGGCCGGUGCUGCCCGCCCGCCGCCCCACCCAGCAUCGGGCUCGUCUGGAGAGCGUCGUGCACACUUGUGUGUGUGCGUUGGAUCGCAUGUGCUCGUUGUAACCACAGCUUUGUUUCUAUGUCAACAUAACUCUAAACAUUAUCGUAAAUGUACUCAUGCAUCAUCUGUAGCCCUUCCAGUAAACUUAGAAACUUUAUUUAGAAAUAAAGUCUUGCUGGAGUUU